AUGACAGCGGCUCCGGCCCCGUCCCCGCAGCAGAUCAGGGACCGGCUGCUGCAGGCCAUCGACCCGCAGAGUAAUAUCCAUAACAUGGUGGCAGUGCUGGAAGUGAUCUCCAGCUUGGAGAAAUACCCCAUAACCAAAGAGGCACUUGAGGAAACAAGAUUAGGGAAACUCAUCAAUGAUGUAAGAAAGAAGACGUCCAACGAGGAACUUGCCAAACGUGCCAAGAAAUUGCUACGGAAUUGGCAAAAACUGAUAGAACCUGUAACCCAGAAUGAAUCCGUUCCAAGAGGAUUGCCGAAUCCACCUGGAUCAGCAAACGGUGGUGCACACAACUGUAAACCAGAAGUGCCACCUGCUGUAGUAACUGGAUCAAAGCCCAUCAAUGAAUUGAAAAGCAGGAAUGAUAUCCAAAAGCUAAACUCCCCGAAAACAGAAAAACUGGGAAAUCGGAAAAGGAAAGGCGAACAUAGGGAUGGGCAUCAGGGCCCCCCUCCUUCUAAAGUUUCCAAAGGUAGUCAUGAAGUAUUACAAAACUCUUCUCCACCACCAACUAACGGGAUUGCGGGGAGCCCUGAAAGUUUCCCCAGUCCUGUAGAUGUAAACCUGCAAACAGGGCCUGAAAGCAGCAGGACAGAACAUAGUGAAAACGACAAACACAUUAAGAUCCCAGUAAAUGCUGUAAAACCUCACACCAGUUCUCCAGGACUUGUAAAACCUUCAAGCACUUCCUCAUUAUUAAAGACUGCAGUGCUUCAGCAGCAUGAUAAAUUGGAAGAAACCACAGGCCAGCACCAACCUAAGAGUCCCCGCUGUUCCUCGUUUAAUCCUGGGAAUAUUAGGCAUGACACAUUUGCUCAACAGCAUAUCACAUACUCACCAAAGGGUUCAAUACCUAGUCCAUCUCAAAGGUCCCAGUUCUUAGAUAGUGCACAGGUGCCAUCACCACCACCCCCUUCCUUGAUGCAACCAUCAACACCUCCAAUGCCAGCAAAAAGACUGGAGGUUUCUCAGCAAUCAGGAACUGAGGUAUCUCAACAUUGGCAGGAGCAGGCAUCUUCUGAAAGCCAGUACAGGCACACAGCAGGGACACUUCAGCACACAUCUCCUAGCUGCAAAACUAACUUGCACCCUGGGGAAUCUCUGACGUCACAUGUUGGCUUUUCACCAGACACUUCAAAAAUGGACAGUGAUGAUGCUGCUUCAGGUUCAGAUAGUAAGAAGAAGAAAAGGUACAGACCCAGAGACCAUACAGUCAAUUUGGAUGGGCAGGUUGUAGAAGGGGGUGUGAAACCUGUGAGAUUAAAAGAAAGAAAGCUCACGUUUGAUCCCAUGACAGGACAGAUAAAACCUUUAACACAAAAAGAUUCUUUGCAGGCAGAAAUCCCUGCAGUCGCUGAACAGCACAGGACAGAAACAGACAAACAGGAGCAAAAACCCAACCUGCAAAGUCCUUUUGAACAAACGAACUGGAAAGAGUUAUCCAGAAAUGAAAUAAUUCAAUCGUAUUUAAACCGACAAAGUAGCUUGCUGUCUUCAUCAGGAGUACAAACCCCAGGAGCUCACUACUUCAUGUCUGAAUAUUUAAAGCAGGAGGAAAGCACUAGAAGAGAAGCUAGAAAGACUCAUGUUCUAGCUCCUAACAGCAAACCCACAGACUUGCCUGGGGUCACAAGAGAGGUCACAAGCGAUGACCUCAACAGAAUACGUGAACAUCACUGGCCAGGCGUGAAUGGCUGUUAUGAUACACAGGGUAACUGGUAUAAUUGGACGCAGUGCAUAUCUUUAGAUCCACAUGGGGAUGAUGGUAGAUUGAACAUCUUGCCUUAUGUCUGCCUAGACUGAGUACAGUUUUGCUAAAAUGCUCUCACAUCGGCAGUUAGAAAAAAUGGCAGACACUAUGCCACUUAAACAUGGAGAGAGCCUCCUGCCUGGACAAACAGGGCCAACGAGCAGAGGGUAUGAAGGAGCUGGUUGUUUACAGCUCUUUCCUUUAAAUUCUCCUUUUGUGAAAUGCUGCUACCAGUUUACUAACAAAAUUGCAAAGGAAGGCAUACGAAGGUUGAUAAAUUGAGUUCAAAACUCUAUAGCAAGCCAGCUAUAAAAAAGUGUUAGUCCCCAAGAAGUGAAGAUGAUUUCCAGCACUUUGUGAAUGCCGGAAUCUUAUUACAGGCAGGUACAGAUAAAAUUGUAGAAAUUACCUUAACAAAAUAUGCAUCUAUUUAUUUGAUUUAAUUUGAGUUUAUUUGGCAGUGAGAUGUCCGAGACAAUGUGCAAAAAAUCUAGUUUUGAUUGCAUCAGAUCUCUGAACAUGAUUGUGUUCUUUUCAAGUUUAUGUGGUGCAAAGAUUGGGUUUUAAACAGCAGGUGUUGCACUGCAGGUUGGCGAUCUGGCUUCAGCUCAACAUUCCAUAGGCAUCCACAUAUUUUAGUCUGGUUUCAGUUAAAAUCCAGUCUCUGAGAAAUGCUGCAAAAACUAGGGGUUUUUUUAAACAUUUUUUCUUCCACCACCAGCCAAAUCAUUUUUCUCCUUUUCCCUUCCUGCAAACUUCUAGAAAAAUUCACCUUUUCUAGAAUCCAAAAGUAAUGAGGGUGCUACAAGUUUGUAACUGUUCUGUGAGGGGAAAAAGGAAGCCUGUUUAUAUGCUGGAAAUAUACUUGUUACCAUUCCUUUAGAUAUUGUUUGCCUUAUGGAUAUCCAUCAUAAACGCAAUUUGCAAAAACAAAGAGCCUUAGUGAAUGUACAGUAACUAGACUUCUGUGUUCUUGGGAUGCAGAAGGGAGCAACUUUGCUAUUUGGUCCUUUAAGUGGACACAUUGUGAUAUAAAUGUGGAAAUAAAAAAAUUUGCA